UCUCCUGCCACUUGCAAAAGCAUCGAUUGUUUCUAUUGACAACAUUGCUAGGGUAACUACUGAAUAUUGAACUAACCUUAAAAGGGUGACGUUUGUCAAGGGGCGAAAAAGCGAAUAAUCAUGGGCGGUCACGGACAUGGGCAUGGCGAUCAUGGACACGGUCAUCACGAGCCUUACGUAAUUCCAGAUUAUCGAAUCUACAAAGUGGCCGACUGCCCCAAACUGGUUGUUGUUGAAAAAGCCCUUGCGGCUCAAGGCUUAAAAGACCCCUGGUUGCGUAACGAAGCCUGGCGCUACCACAAGGGUUUUGGCACGAAGGCGCAGAUGAUGAAACUCACCUUUUUUCGAGGCUUUAAAUAUGGCUUCGCAGCCUUUGUAUUGACUAUGGUUGGCACCAAAAUCUACGAACAACAAUUUCCUGAUGAACAUGGACAUGGUCACCAUUAACUUGUGUCUUUACUGCUUUAGCGGAAUGAUUUGUAGUAAAUAGCUGUUAAGUGUUUGCUGGAAUUUUUGCUAAUUGCCCCACUGCCAAUCCCACGAUUUUCUGGUUCGAUAUACGUUUUCAAUGUUUAGUGUAAAACGUUAUAAUAGAAAAUUUUAUCUUUUAGCAGUGAACAGUGUUUGUUUAGCUUCGUAAUCCGUCAGUUGCGCUGAGCGAAUUCGCAAUCAGCUGUCCAGCUGACAACUUGCUCAGGGUCAGCAUUUUUCAGAUAUAGAUCUCUUUCAUAAUAGUUUAUCUAAGUGCAUUUUCUAGCUGUUUUGGCAUGUUUUCCUUAAGGCAAAUCGCUAACUUGGCUGUCAGGGGCGCAAGGUCUAAGCACAGUUUGCCGGACCUUCCUUACGAUUAUGCUGCGUUGGAGCCUGUGAUAUCACGUGAAAUUAUGACCCUUCACCACUCGAAACAUCAUCAGACUUAUGUGACCAACCUGAACGCCGCAGAGGAAAAACUCAAGUCUGCUGUUGAGAAGGGAGAUGUGUCAACGCAAAUUUCACUAGCGCCAGCCGUUAAAUUCAAUGGAGGAGGACACCUGAAUCACUCAAUCUUCUGGCAGAAUUUAAGCCCCAGCAGCUCAGAUCCCAGUGCUGAUCUCUGCACAGCCAUCAACAAUUCAUUUGGUGGCUUGGAGAACUUGAAAACUCAAUUAUCUGCAGCCACUGUGGCCAUUCAAGGCUCUGGCUGGGGAUGGUUGGGAUGCGAACCUAAAACAGGCCUACUUCGAAUAGCCACCUGUGGAAAUCAGGACCCCCUUCAAGCUACCACAGGGCUGGUUCCGUUAUUGGGAAUCGACGUCUGGGAGCAUGCUUAUUAUCUUCAGUACAAGAACGUGCGGGCUGAUUAUGUGAAAGCUAUUUUCGACAUAGUGAACUGGAAAGAUGUUAGCGAAAGGUACCAGAAGGCCAAGGCAUGUUAAAAAUAUAUUAAGUUUAUUAGUCAACUUUCGCUUUUUUUGUGAAUGUAAAACCAACUACUAUUGCUUUCCAUACGCUAUAUUGCGAUUAGAAUAAAAAUUUAAUGCUCCAGUA